CAACCGGACCUGACUCUCGUGCAAUACACGUGUAGAUGCCAUCAGCACUAAUACCUAAUUUUGAGGCUUCAUUACAGAGCUUGUUGACGGAUAUAUUACUGAAGACAGGAGAGGAAAAACACGUUUAACUGUAUAGUUGAACAAUUCUUUAACUUUCCUGAACAUGUGUAAAACGUAGCUGUGAUAUCAAACCACAUGAUACUGUUUCCAUCGGAACGCAGACACGAGCAUAUGCACGGGAGACGAAAGGAAACAUGCCUUUUUCAUUGAAGGCAGUGUUUGGAGUAAGGCCUUUUGUAUUAUCUUUGGGGCUAUGUUUUAUGUCAUGUGUGUUUAUUUGUUUGGCAGAUCCAGCCCGCUUAGGCGAUUUAUGUGAUUCUGACACCAAGUGCCGUAGUGCUGUUGACCAUUCCGUUUGUGGAUUUAACCGGAAAUGCAUUUGUGAAAGGAGACGUUACCCAGAAAACAACGGGACGCUUUGUCAUGAAAUGCCAAGACUUCUCGGCCACAGAUGUGCAGAAGACGCAAACUGCAUUGACAUUCCAAACGCCCGAUGUAGCGAAAACAACACAUGCAUUUGCACGUACAAGUACAAAGACACAGACGACAGGACAGCAUGUAGCGCACGACCCCGGGUAUCCAUUCCGACUGUCACCGAUCUUUGGUUAGGUCGCAUUUGUAAUCUUGAGGACAAGGAACCGUGUCCAAAUUGGAACAUCACUAAUCAGCGGUGUAUGUCAGAGGACGGCAGGGUCAACACCAGGUGUCGCUGUGUGGCGGGUUUCUCUAACGUUUACAACGAAGGCGAAUGUCAAGGUUGCCGGUUCUGUAAACAGUCCACUCUGUGA